AUGGGUGAUAUCGAGCGAAGACCGCCAAUUUUCAUGGGCUCCUUGUUCCUCGGCCAAUCCACUGGUCAGUUCAAAGAUUACGACUACCGACCCGCACUGGGAUCGGCCACACAACUUGGACUUUACACCGGCCUUGCCGGAACGAUCAUCGGUGCGAUUAACCAUGGAGUAAUCUCCCCCUCUGAGGCCAAUCGGGGCUACAUUACGAACGUUGCGAAGUUUGGUGCCAUGGCUGCUGCCAUCGGAUUCACGUUUGGGGGGGUCAGUCAAUCCUUAGCAAGCAUGCGAGACAAAAGUGAUCCUUGGAACGCUACAGCUGGCGGAUGUGCCUCCGGUUUCUUACUAGGUCUGCGAGCUGGCCAAUUAUCUACGGCUCUGGGGCAAUGCGCGAUAUGGGGUGCAGUGGCCGGUGGAGUCAACUAUGCUGGGGACACGUUGAUCCCGGCUCAUCAUGGAAAAACUAGAGAACAGCAGCAACAAGAGCGAGUCAAACUAUUGGGCAGUCGAAAGGAUCCCCUCCUGCUAAAUCAGUCAUGA